AUGUUAACAAUUGGUGGUAUAAUUCUCUUGAUUUUAAUUGGGAAUACCGACAUUUUGUUUUUUUUUUUUUUUUGUAACUUACAGAGCGUUACAGACGAGUCGGACGGAUGUGGAGCAAAAUUUUCCGCCAUUAUUGUUUCCCCUCAAUUUGAAGGAAAACCGCUUUUGCAAAGGCACAGACUGGUUAACGGUGUUCUAGAAGAAGAACUCAAGGUCAUACAUGCAUUCAAUCAACGGACUUUAACGCCGCGACAAUGGGAAGAAAUGAAGUCGGAGUGA